AUGCACACUCUUCUCGAAUUUCGCUCUGGGGGAGCUGGGAAGGUCGUCUCUGGAUCGGGCACCCUCGUGGAGGCAGCAGGGGCACCGCGUCUCCAACAGUACUCAGCUCCGUCCCCUCGCUGGUAUCCCAGGCUGCCCAGGCUGCCUUUGCGCCAGCCGCUGCUUGGAGCCCGAGGUCCAGCCCAAGCUGCUGCAGGCGCUGCUCCGCAUCCUUCUCCUCCGCGCCGGCAUCGAUUGUACAUCCACAGAGCGCAGGUUCCCCUUCCUCCUCUGCGUCGCGGUGGUCGGGCAGCAGCAGCGGCGGCAGCAGCAGCGCUGGUUCCCCGAGUCCCCUCCCCUCACCAUGCCAGGGGCUCUUCCCCGGGCGUUAGAGGGCACCAGCGCCCCCAGGAGCGCCUCGCCCUUGUCCUGGGAUCUGUGCUUUUAUUGUCCCGGCCAGGGGCAGUGCCCGAGCGAGCUUCUGCCCACGGGACCCCGCAGAAACCCAGCUCUUCCCUACUCGUGAACCUGGGCCCCAAGCUGCUGUCCCUCGAGACUAGGAGACAUCGAGGCCUCGGUUCCUGCAGCCCUCCAACUUCUCAAAGGAAGAGAGGGGCACGCCUGCACCUGCAGCUUGGUUAGUCUCACAGCUGGAAUCCGGUCCACAGAUCAGUCCUGAGGCUUCAGCUGAAACAAUGGCAGCUUCUGCGGGGACAGUUUCCUCUUACAAACCCAGUUUGGAAUUUUGACCCCCGGUUGGGCUCCCCCCGCCCCGGCCCCCGUGCCUGACAUUUUCAAGCCAAAGGAAAUCUAAUAACGUUUGGUUUCGGUUUUGGUCUGGGGGGCGGGAGGAGGAGGGAGAAUAGCUGUAAGUAAAUAGAAAUAAAUGAAAUGAAGUUUAAAUUUAA